AUGUCGUUCAUUCCCUCUACGCGACGCCGAAGGCCGCAGGAAUUUACCCUGCCAAAUGGCAAAAAGGUGAUUGCUUCCCUACCCGAAGAUAUCGACUCGCUUCGUGAACAACAUGGCAAUCGGAGUGGUGUUCAAGUAGAAGUCGUUAUUCAUGGAUCGCCAGAGCAUUGCGACUAUCUCAAAGAGACCCGAGAUCACCAUGAAAGUCGCCGUGCUCAUUUUCGACAACACCACGGUCCUGCCUUUGAAGAGUGGGAAGACACAAAAAGUCAACUCGAUCUAGUCAACAGUCAUCUAGAGCGACUCUCUACCAACUCAAGCGCCUUGAAUGCCAAUUUCGAUAAGUUUGGCUAUGGUGCUGAUUUGCGGACUUACGACGAUGAUGACCCUUCACCUGACGCCGAUCCUUCCAGCAUGUCCACGGCUGAUACUUUAUCAAUUGGUUCCAGCGUGGGUCAGCCUCGACUGGGCGAAACUAUCAAGCUCUUCAAGAAGCCAGUUGUGAAGCAAUGGUUCCAUAAAGGCCUGCUGUGGCGUGCUUCAGAAAACACUGAGAUCAUGGCCAUUGAGCUCUUCUUUGAUCUUCUCUAUGUCGGUAUAAUCCACGUCAACGGUGAACAUGUUUGGGCAGAGCCCACUGGUAAGGAGCUACUACGUUUUGCAGUCACGUUCAUCAUGUCCUGGAAGAUUUGGUCCGAUAUCACCCUGACCUUGAGUUGGUUUGAGACCGACGAUGUCUUGACACGACUAGAGAUUCUGUUUGAGAUUGCAUGUCUAUUAGGGUUCUCCACCAACAUGACAUAUGCGUUUUACGAGGGCGAGCACAACACUUACACAAUGCUUGUGUCGUUCUAUCUUGCUGCUCGAUUCAGAGGUGUUGUUCAUUUCCUGACAACCGGUUACCUUCUACCCAUGGUCCGAGGCGUCAUGUUCUGUCAAGCUCUGAAUACUUUAAUUCCUGCAGCUAUAUGGAUCGCCAGUAUUCAUGCACAGAUGCCAUCUCGCCUGGCACUCAUAUGGAUCGCCAUCGUCUUGGACAUAUGCGGUCAGAGCAUCCUGACUGGCCUAUUCCAAUAUGGUCGAACAGCUAGACAUAGCAAAAGGCUUUCCAAGUUCCUCACCGGCGUUUUUGAGUUCUUCCCUGCCAUCAACAUUGAACAUAGAGUAGAGCGAACCAAUGCGUUUGUGUCUUUGGUGUUCGGAUACUCUGUCAUGGGGCCUAUGUUUCAAAGCCACGGAGGUUAUACUGUCGAUGUCUUCCUAGGCAAGGCUGUUCUUGGGCUUUGUCAAGCAUUUGUCUUUAACUGGAUCUAUUUUGAUGUGGAUGGCAGCAAUAUUGACAUACAUGCUAUUCGGCGCUCCGUGAUAUCGUCUUCCAUAUGGCAUUACGCUCAUCUUCCAUUCAUCAUGGGUUACAUUCUUGCGUCUGCUGGGUUGUCUAAGCUUGUCCUCACGGCUGAUACUCCGAACGCUAAUCCUGAGCACUUGACGGACCACUAUAUCGAACGUGCGGAGCCCGAAAUCGCCGAUGGUAUCCGUUAUUUCUACUGCCAUGGACUCGCUAUUGCUCUUCUCUUUAUGGGGGUCAUUUCAGCAACUCAUAAUCACCGCCACCCAGCAACUCGGCGCUUGUCCAAAAAGACUCGAUUGGCAAACCGCCUACUUGUCUGUAUCAUUUUAUUUUGCCUACCGGUAGCCAAGAGCCUCAAUUCUCUGAAUCUCAUUUCCAUCACGCUGGCUCUCACCUUGUGGGUAUUGCUGCUGGACUUGUUUGGUAAAUCGUGCCGCAAUGACCCCUUCAUUGGUGAGAAACAGGGAUGUUCUGUGCGGUACAAAUGCAAGUGCAGUAAGAAGGAUCUUGAGAAGGCGAAUUUGGAUGAGAAGCAACAGAUUCCUUCAACCGAAGUACUCGAGUUAGGGCCGAGAGAGAAAACUGCGGUUGCUGAUGUGCAAAACUGA